AGAACCGCACAUAGUCCGGGGCAGAUAGAAAAAUUGGAAAAUGAAUUUGCGAAAAACAAUUUUUUGGACGCGAGUAGAAGAGAUAGGAUUUCAGCUGAAACCGGUCUGGAUAUCAACCAGGUUCGCUACUGGUUUCAAUACAGACGGGUGAAGGAAAGAAAACUAAAAGGGUGCGCAGGAGAAGAUAAUGCAUUUGUAAAUAACGACAGUUAG